AUGACAGUCGCUGCUAACAUCGACGACCAGACGUCUGGGGCCGAUAGUGGCCAGGCGGGCGUCGUUAUGAAGAAGACGGCUAAUGCCACAGUUGCGAGAGCCGAUACAAUAGGGGUUCGAGACGACGCUGAGGCCAGGGCUGUUUUUCUGGCUUCGUUUACUUGCCAGGAGGAGAAGCACAUCAUGAGGAAGGUCGACAAGCAGUUCCUACUGCUCAUCGGAUUCAUGUACAUGAUAAAGCAGGCAAGUCUCCUCCCAAAUAUCGACCAGACGAACGCGUCAAAUGUCAGGGUUCUACAGCUUGGAGAGCCACGAAACAUUAUGACCGAGCUCAAAAUGACGUCCGACCAGUACAACUGGGUGGGAUCCAUCUAUGGGAUCUCGUUUAUCCUGUUUGAAGUACCCAGUAACCUCCUUCUCAAACGAUUCAGCCCUCACGUCUGGCAGUCUCGCAUCUUCUUUAUGUGGGGUAUUAUCACAGCUUGCCAGGCCGCGUCGCAGAACCGGCACCAGCUGUAUGCCAUGCGCUUCCUCCUCGGCAUGUUCGAGGCGGGCAUGUUCCCCGGUGUCAUGGCACAACUCUCGAGCUGGUAUCGUACCGACGAGAUGGGCAAACCCGUCACCUGGCUGUACACAUUUGUCAACUUGUCGGGUAUCAUCGGCGCCCUGCUCUGUUACGGCAUCAGCUAUAUGAACGGGCUCCAGGGUCUCAGUGCCUGGCGAUGGGUCUACCUUCUCGAAGGCAUUGUGACUGUCUUGUUUGCUGGCAUCGUCUUCUGGGUUCUGCCAGACUACCCCAAGUCUCCUCGCUCCGGGCGCUUCCUGUCUGAGCGAGAGCAAGAAUUUGUCGAGGCUAGGCUCCCAGAGAACGCACCUGUCACCAGCGACCCCAACUUUUCUGGCAAGGAGAUUGUGGCUACCCUUCGCAGUCCUCUGAUAUGGGCCUUUCUCAUCUCCCAGGCCACUCUCAACAUUGGAUGCUACGCGCUAAUAUGGUACCUGCCCACCAUUAUCACUAGCAUGGGCUUCACUGGGCUUCCCGAGAAUCAGCUGUUGAAUAUCCCCCCCUCUGCUGCUGCCAUUCUUUCCGUCCUUGCUGCGGCAUGGCUUAUUGGGAGGGCUUACUUCGUUCGUCCGGCUGGUGCCGUAGUUCUUCUGGCCGGCAUGGUCGCUUGCUUUAUCGUGUUCUUUACCGUCUCUGACCGCAUAGGUAUCUACAUGGCCUGCAUCCUGAGCAACGCCUUCUUUAACGGCUAUUAUCUCAUAUUUUGGGCAUGGCGAUCGGCGACACUGUCCGGGUCGACCGCGGCAGCUUUCACGCUCGCCUUCCAGUCGGGUCUCGCUCAAGUAGGCGUUAUCGUCGGGCCCCAGCUGUUUCCCUCAAAAUGGGCAUAUAACCGAUAUAAGAAUAGCUUUGCGAUUGCUGGUGCCUUCACAAUUGUGUCAUUCCUUGCCAAUCUCUGGACGUGGUGGCUGACUAGGAACACUGAGUACGAUGUCAUGAGAGUCCGGCGUGAGAUUCUUAAGGCCAGGGCUGAAGGCAAGGUUCUGGUCAGUGAUGAUAUCCAUAUCUUCAACGAAAGGCAGUUCUACACUGGUUUGAGGCGUAAUUAUGCGGAGCAGGUUAGAGAAAAGGCCUAG